AUGAGCGAUGACGAUGAGCUCACGUGCUUUUACAACGACGAUCAUGGCCAAAAUCAGUGAGUUCGACCUUUGCUUUCAAGCAUUUUCCGUUCGAAUUCAGAGGCCCGUUCCCAGCGACCACAAUGCUGCAGUGGUGCCAGAAGAAUUUCUUCUCCGAUCAUCACCAGAUAAGAUUCACAGACAACGGAAUGAGAGUCGGCAAGGAACUGACGCUCGAGAAGACGUUGAGAGAGCUGAAAGAGAGAUACGGAGAGGAGAAGCCGAUACCGACUCAUCUUAAGGACAUCAGUUUCCGCGGAUUCUCCAUCCAGAAGACGAAGAUUCAGCCGAUGCAAAACUUGUUGGUAGAACCGAACGACGAAAGCUCAGAUGGAUGGGAGUCUGAUAAAGAAGACGUCGGGGACUCGGCCAGUCCGUUAAACGAGAUGUUUGCGGGACCGGUAGGUAGCACUUCAAUGGUCCCACUGGUAUUCGAGAAUGAAUUCCAGGAUUUGCCCCUGACGUGGAAAGACGACAGUAAAUUGGGUAAAAUGCGGACGCAAUCUACCAGUUCUUCCGUCAGAUCCGAGCCAUACUCUAAUACUAAGCCAUCAAAAUCUCGGACGAAAUCGGCGAGUUCGCAAGAAGAAUACCGUCCGUUCUACGAUGGACACGGUAGAAAAAGGCACAUCAAGCUGAAGCGUAACUUUCAAAGUGAAAAAAAAUGAAAAUGUACUUGCCGGUUUUCAGCGUGUGUCGCUUUGGAAUUGGUCUCCGUGCUUCAGCGCAGGUACCUUGAUCUUUCAAAAGGACAACGGGCCAUGCUGUUUUUGUAUUGUUCCAAAUGGAACAUUCCAGUACUGAACGAAACGAUAACUUUUCCAAUUUUGCAUAAUUUAGGACUCGUGCAAAGUCUGCAACCGCGUGCUCAAACAUAUGCCCAAUUAUUUGUCACACAUACUCUCCUCCAGUCACAUAACGAAAAGUGAUCAAUCCGUUCUGAAGUUCACAUUCUAUCAAGACUACCUUCCGCUCAAAGAAAUGUUCGACAUGGCUGUGAAUUCGAUCGAAAGACCUUGUUCUACUUCGAGAAACAGUUACGUGUCCCGUGCUUCCUCGGCUGAAGAACGAGAAGUCAUUGCCGAAGAGCAGCGGCGGUGCUCAUGA